AUGAACAGUUAUUUCAGAAAUGUUUAUCGCCAAUACGAAGAUAGGAAUACAAUCAUUGGAUCUGGAGACUUCAAAGCUGCUUCCUGUCUACUCCUUGAACAAGAAAAACCGAGAAGAACUGAGUUGCAGUUGUUACAACCCGAUAUCGGAGAACAUGCUCACUGCUGUUUGGUGUCCGACACUAGAGUUACAAGAUUGAGCAAGAUUGAUACAAGAUCACCACAGGGAUCACAUGAUUUGAUCACAUUCAAUCGAACGUCUGUUUCCAAAAUGACCACAAUUGGUGAUCAUGGGAUCGUACUGGAGAAACGUGAUGGACUCGUACAGCUUUUUGAUCUUCGCCAGUCGAAUCGUGCCCGGUGGUCAUAUGAUGCGAAAGAAACCUGUGCAUCAAUCCAGGAAGCUGGUGAAGCUAUCUUCUUGCAGACGAAAUCAGGGAUUACGGUUCUUAAUGAGUUGUCUGGAAAGGAGAGCUUUUCUUUCAAAAUGAGGAAGGAUCAUGAGUUCUGCGGGUCUCUUCAUGGUCAGGAUGAUGAAGAAAUGUUCCUGGUCACCCGAACGCUCAAUCGAUCGAGUAUGCAAAUUAUUGGUGCUCGGGAGUACGCUGGAGGAAAAGGAAAACCUCUCUUGAAUUACUACGGAAACUCACGAUCGAUUACCCAUUUUGUUCGAUUUCAACGAGAUUUGUUCGCAACUGCUGACGAGAGUGGACGAGUAGUGGUGCAAUACGAAGAUACCCGGUAA